AUGAUAUUAAAAAACAAAUACGUGCUGCUGUACAAGAAGGUAAAUCCUGCUGCUGUUGCUUCUGCUGCUGCUGCCGCUGCAGCUCCUUUUCCUGGGGCUGUAGCAGCUGCUGCUGGGACUCAUGCCGCUGCUGCGGUUGCUGCUGCUUCUGCUGCUGCUCCGGCUCUUGCCGGUGCAGCACUGAGUGAGAAGACGGUGACGAAGACUGUCAGAUUCGCCGGACGCGAAUUCCAGAUUGAAGAGAAGGUCUCUGCUGAGCGGUUUGCUGCUCUUGCGAAGCAGCAGCAAAAGAAUGUAGAAGUGAGAGGGAACCUACAGGCACUCGAUGCCCUAGACAAAGCCCUUACGAACGCAACGACUAUAAAUUCUGUGCAGAAGUCUCGUGCGGAUUGGAGUCAAUUUAAGGAGAAGGCCGGCAUUGAAGACGAACUCAAAAGAGGCAAAGGGUGGGUAGCAGCAGCAGCAGCAGCAACAGCAGCAGCAGCAGCAACAGCAGCAGCAGCAGCAACAGCAGCAGCAGCAGCAGCAGUUUGCCGCUUGCAGCUGGUUGCUUACACAUCCCAGUACACCGCCAUAUAUUUAUUAUAA